AUGAACCCGAUGCGCUCGCUGCCCCAGGCGGUGACCGCCGACGCGCAGUGUUCGGGGAUCACCCGCCAGACGGUGUUCGUGUUCCGGGAAGAGGACUUCGACCCGAACUGCGUCCGCCUGGUAACGCGCGGUCGGGACCCGGCCACCGCGGUCGCUUGUCUGCUUGGAUUCUUCAAGCUCGUCUGCGAGGACGGGUACGAGCAGGUGGUCCGCGCCAGCGACGUCGACGGCGUCUGGCUGGACGAGGUGCACGUGAACGGCGAGUUCGUGCACCGCCAGCUGCGCGCCCUGUGCGCCGACUCGGAGCCCGCGGCCUCCAUGGACGACUUGUACGUGCUCCUGAGUGUGCUGCUGUGCAACCUGCCGCGCGCCCGCGGCUCCAACCUGAACCACGACUGGUUCCAGAACCGGAUCAACGACCUGGUCGAGCUCUUCCCGGGAGUCUCCGAGCCUCCGCCCGUGCCGCUGUACGGCGAGGAGCAGGCGGACGCUGUCUCCAAAUUCGGCGAGCAGUGGCCACACACCAGGGCGACCCUCUGCCACGCCAUGCUCAGGAGCCAAUUCGAGGUACGUCGUUCGAGGUGCAGGCAGUACGUGUCUGUGGGCUGGCGCUUCGCUGGCAUGAAGCACGUCCACCUAAUCCUGGAGUUCCUCAGGGGCCGCAACUCUUGGGUCCUCGACGUCGUCCCAGAGGUGCGCGCCAGGGGCGAACACCUCCAGGAGUUUCUGAAGGCGUACCGGCGGUUGGGUGCGGACGGCCCCUACAUGAAGCUGCUGCACCUUCCAGAGGCGGCUACCGCCAUGCGCAAGCUCUUGGGCGUGCACGUGGCGGCCGCAUAUGCGCUCGCUGUGCUGGAGGACGAGAACUGGCUCCAGUACAGGGGCGUCCCUCGGGGCGAGGCCGAGGAGGUGGUCUUCGCCAAGAUCUCCGCCAUCAGGCGAAUGGCCCUCCGCGCAUCCUCAAGGGAAGGACCGGCUCCUGCCAACCUCGGGGACGGCGACGAGUCGAGGCGCGUCGACGUCGCCGGCGAGCCCACUGCCACAGCGUCGACCAUGGCGCCAUAG